AUGAUUGAGGAUCUAUGUUCGCAGGUGAUAAGAGCAUAUGCUUUUAAUAAACCUUGGGUUAUAGGUUUCCUAAUGGACAUAUUUGGAGCGUUACUAAUGCUGCGAGCAUUAUCUCAAGCCCCUGUAUCGGUCAUUCAACCUGUUUCUGGUUGUGGACUUGCUAUCCUUUCUAUCUUUUCCCAUUUUUAUCUAAAGGAGAUCAUGAAUGCUAUUGACUGGAUGGGGAUUGCUUUGGCUGGCAUUGGUACCAUAGGUAAUGUAAGUUCUUUUCAGUUCUCCUUCUAA